AAAAGCUCACACCAACCACAUUAAGAAAUGGACAACGCAGCCUUCGAAGGCAGUGGUGCAGCUUUGCACGAGCCUGUAGUCCGACGGCGGGCUCUGAUACAAAGAAGCUUACGCCUGCAGCCAGAGGAGCAGCGGUUCCUGGAUGCGGUGCGGGAUGGCGACAUACUCGGAUUGAGAUCCGUGAUUCAGGCGCAUCCCUUGCUGGACGUGAACUGCUGCGACAUGCGUGGUCUACGAGCACUCGAGGUGGCCGCUCAGAACGGCGACGUCGAGCUGAGCGUCGAGCUGCUCAGGCUACGCGCCCUGGACGCGGACCACGUGCAGAGCGCCCUGCUGGUGGCCAUACAACGCGGAGACAUACGCCUCACACAAAUACUGCUCGACGGAGCACAUGGACCAUGCACUGUGCCAGUGGGCAACAUGACACCACUCAUGGCAGCUGCUAUCGCAGGCGACCUUGAGAUCACCAAAAUGCUCCUGGAUAGAGGCCAUACCAUUCAAAAACCGCACGAACCUGGAUGUCGUUGUGCCGAGUCCUGUCGCGAGCAGGCGGCCCGCCAUGGUGAGCGGUUGUCUCAAUCGCAGUUGAGGCGCAACGCCUUCCGUGCUCUGAGCAGCCCCGUGCACAUCCUGCUCACGUCUGACGACCCCGUGCUCACAGCGUUCACGCUCAGCCGAGAGCUUCGCGAACUGGCACAGAGCGUGCCCGAGUUCCAGAAUGAGUACGAGGAGAUGGCCGAGCAGUGUUCGCGUUUUGCGGCUGCCAUCCUGGGUGCUUGCAAAAACACCGAGGAAGUGGAGACGGUGCUCUCACAACCGGAAGGUUUUCCGACAAAUAGACCUUUCCGCUUUCCCCGGCUCUCUCUGGCGAUCCUGCUCGACCAGAAGAACUUCGUGGGGCACGCGAACUGCCAGCAAGUCCUACGUUCUCUGUGGUACAAGGGUCUCCCAGGCUGGCCGGCAUGGUCCCCAGCUCGAAAGGCUGCUCACGUCGCAGGCCAAGCACUGGCCACUCCUUUCUUGAGCAUCGCGUACAUCUUCACGCCAGAGCCAAUGCGCGUGCUGAAGCCCCUGCGGGUGCCGCUGAAUCGCUUCGUUCACAGCUGCACCUCGUACGCAACCUUCCUGGUGCUCCUGACAAUCUCACUCUUUUACGGUCGGCGCGACAGCCUCAAGCUGCGCGUGCUCUGGUCUGAGAUUCUCGUCGGCGUCUGGGUAGUCGGCUACGUAUGGGAGCUGGCGCUCAGUGCUUGGGCACUGGGUCCUCGCGUCUUUCUUAGUUCCUUGUGGGCCUUGUACGAUGUAUGUAUGUUCGGCCUGUUUUUAGUAGCCGAGAUACUCUGGUUCAUCGUGUUCGUCUCUGCCCGAACGCUCCAGGAGAGCAUCGACCGUUCCCAGUGGCCGUGGUACCACCCAUACCUCAUUGGUGAGUCCCUCUACGCCAUCGCAACAGUGCUCGCCUUUUGCCGGCUGCUACUGUGGUGCCAGAUCCUGCAGACGUUCGGACCUCUGACCGUGUCGCUGCUCUACAUGCUUCGUGACGUGGUUCGUUUCAUGCUGCUGUUGGGUAUCGUCUAUUUCGGCUUCGCAGUCGGCAUGAGCUCCAUCUACAAGAACUACGCCGGAAAUGAGGCCACGCUGUCUAAUGGAACGACAUUGCAUCAACCCCCAAACUUUACAAGUCUUGGCCGUGCACUCAAGUAUCUUUUCUGGGCCCUCUACGAGCUUGGAACACCGGAGAUCGCUGACAUUGUCGUCUCCGGAGACGCGACGCGCUCGGGAGGCAAGAUCGUGACUCACAACUUCACCGAGUUUGUCGGAUACGCCCUCUGGGGCCUCUACCACAUCAUUUCGGUCAUUGUGCUACUCAACGUGCUCAUCGCCAUGAUGACCGACAGUUUCCAAAGGGUCCAGGGCAAUGCCUAUACGGAGUGGAUAUUCGCCCGGUCAUCGCAAUGGAUCUCGUACUUGGAUAUCAACGCUGGCGCCCCGCCUCCUCUCAACUUGUUUCCAACAGCGAGGUGCUUGCGCCUGUGCUACAAGAUGCACUUUGCCAAGAAAGGAAUGCGCAAGGGCAUUACCACGUCCAGUCGGCCAAGUACCCAAGGAUAG